GCUGCGCUUCAUACAAGCAAGCGAGUGUGGGUCAUAUUACGCUGUAAAGCACCUCAGAACCCUCAGCAGUGAGCACUAAAGUCAGACAACAUGAGCAGAAGAAACAGAAAAAAGCAAUUUUCUCUAGCAGACAUGUGUGCGGUUGGAUUGGAUUUUAUAGAGCUGCUGGAGGAAUCCGACAGGAGAUCUAUUACAGGGAAAGAAGACCUCAGGACCAUUUACUAUAACGAGUUUAAAAACAGGGACGGAGUCAGAGAUCCAAGCUUCUCUAAUGUCCUGUAUGGAUUAAGAAAAAAAAGAAAAGCUCGCAUUACUAGAGAUGGACACGUUUACUUCAACCCUCAGGUCCGAGUGCAUUUACAGGAUCAAUGGUUUAGACCCCGUCACAGACAGCAAAACCAAGCCACGCCCACUCUGACUUACGGUAGUUCAACACCUCCUAAUGGCCAGGAGGCCUCUGACCCGACUUCGGUUCCAGGGCCAGAGGGUGGAGUCAGGGCAAGGAGAAAACUAGCUAAAGACAUACUACUCCGACUGAACACUGUAGACAGGUCUGAAUUUAUAGCUGAUAAAUAUGGGGUACGAGUGUUUUCAGAGGCACUGACAGAAGACGGCACGAUUCAGUUCUGUGUGGACAGAGCAGAAGUUCAUGAGCUGAAGCUGUUUGUGGAGAAAACGGGUCAGGAGGUGGUGUAUUUCACAUACUACACGGCCCUUCACUGGCUUCAGUGUUUUACUCUAGAGGACAGCCAGAAAGUCACACGCAACAAUCCGCUUCGCCUUCAACCAAGUGAACAAUAUGAAGUGAUCGUGAGAUUCAGAUCAAAUCACAUUGGAGUUUAUUCUGCCACACUGGCAUUUGAGUUCAAGAAAGACACCCUGGCUGACAGUUUCCACAUUGUGCGCUUCACUGAAGUGGUUUACGGAUCCGAACUUGCCACUCAACUUGGUCCCAAAGAACCAUAUAAACCCUUCAGACUUGAGCCGAAUAAAUCAACGAACUUCAAUGUGGAUGAGGGUUUUCGUCCUGAAGAUUCUACUCGAAACUAUUUGCAAUUUGUUGUGCCAUUGGCGCAAUACCCUCUUCCAUCUUACAUCCAUGAUUUGGUCAAUUUCCUGAAAAGCAGUAAUUCUUCCCGAGCUCUCACAAUACAGCUCCAGGAAUCUCGGUCUCUCCUCGAGAAUGAUCUGAAUUUUCAGGACUAUGCAAAGCGGUUUGAAUUACUGCUGUUCCUGGAGGAGGAUCAGAUGCGUAUGGACAUAAAGAGAUACAACAAAGAUGAUGUCCCCAUGGAGAAGGACAGUCAAAAUAAACGACUGCUUGUUUUAGAGCUUCCUGGUGUAUCUGAGAACCGUCCAUCAGUUCUGAGGGGAGACCAUCUGUUUCUCACCAAGAGUGAAGAAAUCACUGCCUUAAAUGUAACGAAAUACAAGGGCUACGUCCACAGAGUAGAACUGGACCAGGUCAAACUGGGCUUCUCCAACAGGCUGCUUGCCAAUUUCAUAGACAAUAUGAAAUUUCGUGUGGAGUUUACUGUCAAUCGUCUCCCACUAAAACUGCAACACCGGGCAGUGAACAUGGCGGUCCAACACAACCUCAGAGGUGUGCUGUUUCCUGACAGCUUGAGGAACACGAACCCUGUGUAUGCACCUAACCUGAGACUCUUUGAUUUAAAGCUGGAAAGAAAACAAGAACAGAAAACCGCAGUAUGCAACAUCGUCGCAGGUGUGUCAAAGCCGGCACCGUACUUGGUAUUUGGACCUCCUGGCACAGGCAAAACUGUCACAAUAGUGGAGGCCAUCAAACAGGUGGAGAAGAACAUACCUGGUGCUUUUAUUCUAGCAUGUGCUCCAUCUAACAGUGCCGCUGAUCAACUGUGUGAAAAACUGAUCAGCAGCCAACAUGUUGACAAAGGGAAAAUCUACAGAAUCUAUGCCAGUUCACGCAAUCCUAAAGAUAUUCCUGCAGCUCUAGUGAGAAACAGCAAUGUGGAAGGAGAUACGAUUAUGUUCCCAUGUAAAGAGGAUCUAAUGUCCUAUGAGAUCCUGGUCAGUACUCUGGUCACUGCAGGCAGGCUGGUCAGUGGAGGUGUUCCUGUGGGUCAUUUCUCUCACAUCUUUGUGGAUGAAGCAGGACAUGCUGUGGAGUCAGAGACCAUCAUCAGUGUAGCUGGUUUGCUAGAUGCAGAGACCGGACAACUUGUUUUGGUUGGUGAUCCCAAGCAGCUGGGGCCAAUUCUGAGAUCUCCUUUUGCCAUCAGAUACGGACUAGGUCUUUCAAUGCUGGAGAGGUUGAUGACACAGAAUGAACUUUAUCAAAAAGGUGCAACAGGAUAUGACAACCGCUAUGUCACCAAGCUACUGAAGAACUACAGGUCUCAUCCAUCCAUUCUGAAAGUUCCUAAUGAGUUGUUCUAUGAUGGGGAGUUGAUGGCGUGUGCAGAUGAGAUCAGCUCGAACCAAUUUUGCGGCUGGGAGCAACUACCUAAAAGAGACUUCCCUGUGAUUUUCCAUGGAGUGAUUGGGAAGGACGUUAGAGAGUCAAACAGCCCCUCAUUCUUCAACACCUCUGAAAUCGAGAUCAUCAUGAAAUACCUGGAGAAGCUGCUCCUGACACAGGCCAAGAAAGGCAUCGCUAAAAUGUCCCCCAAAGAGAUCGGCAUUAUCGCCCCCUACAGGAAGCAGGUGGAGAAAAUCAGGCAAGCCAUCAAAAUACACAGAGAGCUUAAAUCCUUCAUGGGCAUUGAAGAGCUCAAGGUUGGUUCAGUGGAAGAAUUUCAAGGCCAGGAGAGGAAAGUGAUCAUUGUGUCAACUGUUCGCAGUAGCAAGGAGAACAUCACUUUUGAUGAAACAUUCAACAUUGGUUUCCUCAAAAAUGAGAAGAGAUUCAAUGUGGCGGUGACGAGAGCCAAAGCUCUGCUGAUUAUAGUGGGAAACCCCAUCAUUCUACAGACAGAUACAAACUGGGGCAGGUUUAUUAAGUACUGCACUGAUGAGGGAGGUUAUACCGGAUAUGAUAUUUCCAAUUUGGAGGAACCAGAUGACGUUGUUGAUCGCUUGCUUGCUCUUAAUAUGCAUGCACUGGUGCUGGUGGAAACAGAGGAGAGUGUCGUCCAACAAUAUGUGAAUCCGGGUUGGAGACAUGAACACUGAAGUGCAGAUAAUUCUCAAAGCCACACUUCUUUAGUUAUAUAUUAGCUAUUUUGUGUAAGAAUAGAUUCAUUUAAGAGCAUUAAUCUUUGUCAUGUUACACAAGGAAAACAUUUGUGACCAAGUCUAUAAACUAGGCUAAAGUCUUAAAAUCUAAUUCUGAGAUAACAAGCCUCAAAGUUUGAUUUCAAUCAUUAAUUUCACUAUGAUUUUAAUGUUUGACAUGGCCUUACUUACAGAAGGCUCUUUUAUACGAUGUAGAAUGUAUAAUAUAAUACAUAUAAUAAUAACAGUGUAUUACAAAAAAUUAUACUUUGUCUGCUAUCAGUAUGAAAUAAAUAUAAGCAUAUUGAACACAUGGUUAGUAAACCAUAUUAUUAUUUUACUGCAAUCAACCCUUUAGCCAGAUUUUAUUUUAGACACAAUGUUAACUCAUCCAACCAGUUACAAGAAGCCAUGCAAUGACAAGGCAACGCGUGUUAACCUUAAUUUAAUAUCGUGUAAUAAUUUAUUGUGGUAAUGACCAGGCUGCACAGAUGUUAAUGCGCGAUGAAUGACUCUGACUGUUUGUUUUAGGGUGGAUUUUGUUUGCGUUCUUGUUGGCUUAAACCCGCUGUACAAUGACAAUGUCUUGAUAAACCAAAAUAAAGCAAAUGCUGGAAACAAAAUGUGAAUAAUUUCUCGGACCAAUGGUUUGUCAAUAAAAGUGUUUCAAGUACAGAACAGCAAUUUCUUCAUGUGAUUAUACAGCAUAUGGCGCUGCCUACUGGCCACUGGGAGUACUGCUACAUCCUAUCUAUCAUGUAUCAGAUUCAGUUUUUGGAGCACUCGUUUUAGAGCUGUUCAGGUUACCAAACACAGUCUUACAACCCCACAAAGAAUGUUUUAUUAGCUGCUUAAAGCUGAACUGUGUAAUUUUGGAGUACCAAGCAACAGGUUUAUGUUAAAGUGUAGUUCACCCCAAAAUAAAAAUGCUGUCAUCAUAUACUCACCCUCUUGUCAUUUCAAACCUAUGAAUUUCUUUUUCACAGAACACAAAAGAAUAGAUUUUGUCCCCCACACCUCGUCAAAUAUAGCCAUUUUGGUUGAGCUAGCAUUGCUGGUCAGGAAGCUCUGACAAACAGAGCAAUGUUUACAUAGUGCCAGUGUUUACACUCUUCAGAGUAAAUCAACCUACAGCUGUCUCUGGAUAUUAAACUGAUAAGUAAAAAAACAAACACUUCCCCCUUAAUUUUUUAUUUCUUUAAACCAAAUAGUUUUUUUCCUCUCUUGAUCACUUUGCUAUGCAGAAUGCUUUUGAAUAAAAUCAACAUGCAGGACAACAGUCAUAGGAACAGUAUAUUGCACCACUGACCCAGAAAUGUGCAUCUCAUGUGUAAGCUUUAUCUGUUUGUAUAAAAGGCCUUAUUUAUUCUAAGACCUGAUGACUUCUUUCGCUCAUCUCAUCAAGACUGUCAAAUCAACCAUCUAUUUUAGAGAACUUCUGAGUGAGAGGGCAAAGACCCAUCUCAAUCCAACAACAAAAAAUGUCAGAUGGUCAUCAUCUUUAAAGCAGGUAUAAUUUUUCCUAGGAGUUUGAGUGAUUUAUCUUGACUUGAUAACACCUUUGAUAUUGUAACACACUGUACCAGAGACAGAGCCAAAAGGAUUAUUUUGUGUUUGAAACACACGCACACACACAGUGAACUAA